AUGGUUCGUGUACAUGCUCUCAAAACCAAACAAACAAAUUAUAAAUUGAGUCGUACAUAUGUUCAUCAUGAUAAAAACUUUGCUCAUCUACAUAUGUUUGCUUCACCCCCUCAUUCACAUCAUGAGUUUUAUGCUGAUGAUGAUGAUAAAAACAAUAUCGCAAAAUUUAAAGUGCUUCUGCAAAUGAAUUAUCAUUUUCAUGUUUUAAUUAUGAGCCAUAAUUAUUUUGGUAUUUUUGCUGAUGAUGCACUAAGCAAUAAGCUGCUGAAAAAACAUGCAGAUAUGGAGAUUCGUAUGGCUUCAUUUCAUGCUUCGAAAGUUUUAAAUGUAAUGUAUCCAUUAAGCUCUAAUUCAUACGAAAGCUCUGCUAGUUUUAAUUCGAAUAUCGAUAAUUACAUUUCUCAACAUAUGCUCGUGAGUUUCACUCAAUCAUCAGAACAAGGGAAAAUGAGUGAAGGAAAAAAUGGAAAACUAAUGAUCUUGUUAUUGAUGAGAAGAUGA